CAAAUUCCAGGAUGCAACGUCCUUAGGCACUUUACCUAUUAUCACAGCAUUCGGCACUUAUUACGGUGGCGGACUUGUAGCAGAGUUAGGAUAUGAAAAUGAGACUGCCUGGAAGGUCAUUGCCAACCUUAUUGCUGACAACUGGAUUAACAGACGGACAGUUAUUGUGUUGUUUGAGUUCGUUACAUUUGAGCCCGCGACAAAUCUGUUCGCUUUUACUCGAUAUUCUUUCGAGUGGUUACCUACGGGAGGCAUGGAAAUAUCUUAUCGUAUUGACCCCAUUUCGUUUUCCCGCAGCACCAGUUCACACACCGGCUCAGUUUUUAUUGCAUGUUACGUAAUCAUUGUUUUAAUACUCGUAUACUCUAUAUACAUAGAAAUACGCGAAAUGCGUCAGUCGGGCUGGGCUUACUUGAGGGACAUAUGGAGUUUUCACGAGUGGACAUUGAUAUGCCUCACACUUACAACUAUGGUGAUAUUCUUCAUCAAAGCCGAACAAACCAGAAAACUCGUCGCGAAAGUUCAUGAAAAUCCUUAUGGCCGGAUGAGUUUUGAUUAUGUUGCGUUAUGGACAGACGUUGAAAAUGUGGUUAUUUCCAUGGUUACCUUUCUGUCCACACUGAAGUUCCUUCGCAUCUUGAAGUUCAAUAAGCAUAUCUCCCAGUUGGCGAAAAGCAUAAAUGUAUCCCGAGGUCCUAUGACAUCGUAUUCACUUGUAUUCCUUGUGGCUCUUCUGGCAUUUGCCGUCAUAGGUAACAUGCUGUUUGGACGUUCAGCGUACAUGUUUUCUACAUUCACGAGGUCAUUGGUGAACGUCUGCGAGAUGAUACUUGGCAAAGGAACUAAUUAUGACGAGCUGGAAGCCAUAAACCGUUCUCUGGGGCCGUUCUUCAUGUUUUUUUAUUUUUCCGGUAUGACUGUUUUCAUGAUGAACUUCUUUGUGGCCAUACUGAACGACUCCUUCACAGACGCAAGAGAAAUCUUGGAAGAAAACCCAACCGAGGACAGCGAAAUGUCCGAUUUUAUCGGAGAAUAUGCCAAGGCCAUGCUGAGGGAAAUAUCAAAAGAGUUAGGAGGAAGCGGUGGAAAAAGUGUAAAAUAUGCUACAUAUGAAGACAAAUUCGUAUCGUACAGUAAAGAAGCGAAAGAACGGGACUUUUUCUUGUACUAGUGUGGUCUGUUUGGCUGCAAUAGGACGCAACUGGGUCACUGUUGUGUAGGUCUUAAUGGAGUUGUGACGCUUACAGCUAACUUUUAAACUUUGUAGCUUUUUACGCCUUCAGGUUCAGUUUUUGGGCCGCCUUACGUCUAACGGUUGAGUUCUCACGAUGACGGUUAGAUUUUUCAGUUUUUUUUACCGCUAACGGUUAAACCCCAAUGAGAUCUUCUAUUUGAAACUAUAUAAGCGUUUAAGCAGAACCUUACCUACUUCCUAAUCUUACUCUUGAUCGAUACAUUGAAACAUAGAAAAAUGUCGUACUUA